UAGAGAGCGCAGUGGAAGCCCGAACAUGUCGAGCCGUUCACAUUCCUCAGAUAUUAUUCUUUAAUUAUGCUAUGUGUUUUUUAAAAUAGCUAAUCGCAUCUCUCUGCGUACUGGGGAUUAACAUGUGUACAUUGUUUCUCUGUUAUUUCGGGUUUUAUUACCGUUUUUGGGUUUUUUGGAGAUCUUCAUACAGGAUGGAAAACUUUUGGAAACUUUAAAAACGAAGUGAAAGAACUGUCCAACAAGCCUUUUUUGUUGUUGUUUUUUUUUUUCAUUCAUUCCGAUUCAUUUCGAGAGUAGAUGAUUUGGAGUGACGUGACCAACCUUUUCGAUGUCUGUAUUGAUGUCCUUUAUUUGUUGGGUUUUCCAGUAUAUCCAUGUCCUGCCUGUCCUUGUAUAACCUUAUGUUCCUCCUCCGGGUUCUUCCGUAACAUCCUCCCUUGUUCCCUUCUUUCCUUCCAGAUGUCCAUACUCCUCCUCUCAGUGCUGUCGCUGCUGGCUGUACACUGUUCUCCAGUUAUGACGAAGAUGACGUUCACGCACAGGGACCGGACCACCGGCAGACAGCUGGAGUGUGACAGCUGCCCACCGGGAACGUUUUUGCCGUCUCGCUGCACUCCGACGCAGAAGAGCGUGUGCAUGCCGUGCCCCACCGGCUCGUUCACGGCUCUGUGGAACUACAUCGACAGGUGUCUCCGGUGCAACGUGUGCGACUACAACCAGGUGGUGAAGAAGGCGUGCACGGCGGAGAGUGACAUCGAGUGUGAGUGCAGACAAGGAUACUUCAACAUACACGGCAUGUGUGUCCGUCACAGCCAAUGCCCGAUAGGAGAAGGAGUGCUCAACCAUGGUACAGCCAAUCAGAACACAGUGUGCCAGAUCUGUACAAAUGGGACCUACUCCGACAUCGCCUCUGAUCAGCAGAGCUGCAUGCCGCAUCAGAGCUGUGAAGCUGCAGGGCUGAAGCUGGUGCUGAAGGGCAGCAGCUGGCACAACAGCGUGUGCGCUAGCAGUGAAGAGAUCAAAUCAAAAGAUGGAGCCGAGUACCUUAAAGAAAUCCUUCCAACUUUCUUCGUUCACCAGAAGAUGAACAGCAGGCGUCUUCGUCAGCUCGUGCACAAACUCACAAAUGGGAAGACACCUACUCACCAUCUAGGUGGCUCAGAUUGUCUUGCAGAGAUCAACACAUGGCUCGCCUCUGCCACGGUGAAGGAGCUUCGGGACCUUCCAGCAGUACUAGUUGCGAUCACAGCAGAUAAUGCCGGUGUGAAACUACAGAAUAAGCUGCAUCGGAUCGACUCUCAUCUGAAGGGGAUGUAUGCGGAGAAUGAGGAGAAUGAGGUGCUUCCUUCGGGGGCAAAGUAGGCUGAUGACGAAAGUGUCUCAAAAUAGGCACCAAAGGCUUGAGUGAUCCUGUGUAGCUCAAAAAUGUCUAAUGCCUAUUUAAGAUGCACUGCCAGUAAGCCAACAGGCUUUAGUACUCUCUGCAUUACUUAAACGAGAAUACCACUUAGUUAGGAGUUAGUUUACUUAUCUUUAUUACAUAACGUUGUGUGUUACAAUACAUUUCAGAUACUUUUUUUUUUCUUAUAAAAAUAAAUACAGUAAUGAAUGUGACGAACUAUGCAAGGCAACAUGUUUUGGAUGUUAGGUGAUUGACAUUUUGCGUCUAAUAUAAAGCAAAACAUAUAUACCAAAUUCUGUUCUGUUCACUGCCAAAUGAUUAUUUACAUUUCUCACAGAUGCAUCAUAAAAGGUGCAUCUAUGAGAUACAAUAUACACCUUUUGGUACCUAAUUGUAAUUUAACGUACAAAUCUACUGCAAAGAUACUAUGUUGUACUUUAAUUGACCAGGAUUGUAAUCAAACACACUAAAUCAGAGAGAGCACCUGUGUAAUUGAAACUUAAAAUAUAAAAAAAAAAAAAAAAAAAAAAAAAAAAGAUUUAAAGGUUGGCCUACAGUACAUCUACCUCUUCUUAUGUCUGCAGUUAAAUACCAAUAUGGCGCUUGUGCUAAAUUGGGUUACAUAGUUUUACCGUUGUGUAGUGGUUCAAUAUGUAAAUGAGAUAUUAAUUUAUUGCUAUUUAUAUUAGUUAGGGAAGUUUUGCCAACAGGGCAAUAGAGUCUGGCAUUCUUUAUUUUUAUACAUAGUGUAUAAAGGACAAUCAUGUAUGGCUGCUUUGAAUGAUAAUACAAUAAAAUAAAAGUGAU